AGUCUCAACUCUCAAGUCGCAAAGGGAAACAAAAUGGACGGAGUGUAGUGCUUAUGAUAGUAAUGUUCUAAUUAUUGUGAGAUAGUUGCAAUUUGGUUGCUUGGAAUCUCAUCACUUGAUAAAUAAUAAAUAUUACUUAAACUAAAAUUGAAAACUUCGCAUAGACUUUACAUUAGACGUCUUAAGUCAGCGUUUGGUUCUUUGAAAUAUGGUAUCCAUUUUGUGAUCAAUCGUAUUGUGUGGCGCUUACAAUUAAGAUGGGUGAUUUAAUUUACCUCUGGAACAUUCAAUACAAACUCAUUUUAAUUCACUCGUAAGUGAGUGAUGGACUCAUAUAAUUUAUUUGGUGAUGAUGGAAGCGGUAUGUUGGAAGGACUUACUGAUCUUGGUGGAACAGACAGCUUUGCUGGUAGUUCUACGUCUGGAGUAACAGGAGAAAACAAAGACUCUUCUGAGAAUAGUUAUAGACAAUCAUAUAAUCCAAAUACACAAGAAGGAACAAUACAAAAACUGGCAUCGUUUGGGGGUGGAGGUCCAGGUGGCAUUCCUAGCAGUUCACAGCCUGUAUCAAAUCCUGGUACUGGACCACCAGGACCAGAAUACCAUGAUUAUGGUGGCUAUCCUCCACGACCUAGGUUACCUCAACCGCCUCAUGCACCACUUCAUCCAUCACAUCAUGUGCAUCCUUCACAUUCAUAUCCAAGUUACCACCCUGGACCCGAACCAAUGUACUCCUUACCUGAACAAGGUAUUGCUGAUAUGGGUGUCUGGUCUGGUGCUCCAGGAGCAAACAGAUAUUCACCCAUUACACCAGGCUAUAGGCACUCUUAUGAACAUCAACAAAAAAUGCAUCAAUAUCCUCCCCAGCAGGCUGGAUUAGGUCUACAAGCCCAAAAUGGUGCAUAUAUUCCAAGACAACCUCAUUUUCCCCAACCAACAUCACAACAAAUAUAUGGACAACAACAGAAUUACCCAAAUUAUACUCAAAUGCAUCCUCCAUCUGCAACUCGAAUUUCCCAACAUCCUACAUAUCAUCAACAAAUGGAUGUAAAUGCUCAUCAAUAUGGUUUACCUCAUAACCAGCAAACUCACGGUGCAAUACCACAACAUCAACCUCACCAAAAUAUACCCGGCCAUGCAGGGGGUAUUGGUCCAGGAAUCCAAAGCCAUCCAAAUCCACAUUUGCAUCAUGCAGGUGCUUCUCCUCUGCAUCAUGUCCCCCGACAACCACAAGUACCUCCCUCAUCAGUUGGACCAUCUCAUGCUGUUCCGUCCCAAAUGCCUUAUGGUUCACCACAUCAUUCUGUCCCAAUCAAUUACCAACCUCAUCAGGUGCAACAUCCUCUUGAUGUUAAUGUAACAAGCCAGUAUAGCUCUGUUAAAUCUGGAGGGAUUGAAUCUGGAAGUCCACAAUACCGACCCCCAUUUCCCCAGUUAUCACCACAAAUGUCGCCAAGGGCGCAAGUGUCGCCAAGACAGCAACCUCAAUCACAGCCCCAGCUUUCGCCACGUCCUGUUAUGUCCCCUGUUAAAGGACCAAGUGCAUCACCCUUAAGUACUCGUAAUGUUGUACAACAGUCUCCUGGUACGGGCCCACCUGUAUCAGCAUCAUUUACUUCUCAAAAUACUUUGCAAGCAUUAGAACAAAUGGUUUUACCGACAAGCGGAGAAUAUACGUUUCAACGUAAUCCUGCAUCACCAGUAGUUGGCCAUAAUAUAGUGUCUUCUCCAACUCAGUGGAAUCAGAAUAAAAUAUCUGCUUCUGUAAAUAAUGCAGCACCAAAUAGUGAACAAUCAUCUAAAUCUUCGGAAGCUCCAUCAAUUCAAGUUUUAAAACCUGAACAAAGUAAACCUUGUCCAGUUUCUGUCUCUAAUAAUGAAAACAAAAACUUAGAUAAGAUUCAGCCUGAUGAUGAAAGACUCUCAGAUGAUAAUGCUUCUUUGAGAUAUAUAACGACUAAUCAAAAAGAAGGAAUGUCAGUGAGUUUGAAUAAUUCUAACAUACCGACUUCAACAACAAAUACAAUAAAUGCAUCUGUUGAUAAAGUGGAACAUAAAGAAAGUAGCACUCAUAGUCAACUUUCAACUGAAAGUAUAUUUGAAACAAUUGGACAUUCCAAAGAAGAUAAAAAAGGUGAUUGUACCAUAAGUAAUGAAAAUAAAUCAGAUGUUGUUUUAAGUGAAACUAUCAAUAAACAAAACAAUAAUGACACUUUAAGACCUCAAGGAGCUCACUUGCCAAGUGGGUCACUUAAAAUUGAUACUCCUGCUGAUCAUCCACCAAGUAGCAACCCACAGCAAGUUAACACUACUGUAGGCCAUCCACCCCCCAACGCCAAUACACCUAAUAAAUAUGAGAGCACAUCAAAUUUAAAUAUGGCACGAAGUCAGGGAUAUCAGAAUAGUUCUUUUCCAAAUAUGCAGAAUAUGAUGCCUCAAGGGGUGCCAAGUUUAGCUACGAAUAUAGCAACUAAUAUACCAAGUAAUCAAAAUUUAAAUGUUCCUGCAACUUUUCAAACUGGAUCCUCAGUUGCUACCGCAACAAUACCAAACAUACCAAGCAGUAUAAAUUCUACUCAUCCAAUUCAACACCCAAAUCUUACAAAUACUGUGUCGUCAACUAUGCCAAUUCAUAAUCAACAAGGUAGCAUGACUUGUUUACCACCUAGUAUACCUGGCAUGUUAGGAAAUAUUCAACCAACAUUACAUAACUCAGCAAGUAAUAUUACAAGUGUACAACCAAGUGUAGUAACGACCCUACCCAAUAUUCAAGUGGGAAUGCCUCUCAAUCCUCAGAAUAUUCAUGGAAAUCUAGGACCUAGCUUGACAUCAAAUCAAGCUAAUGUGAUGACAAAUAUACCUCAUAAUAUUACUCCAAACAUGAUUGUAAUGGGACCAAGCAAUAUCCCUCAUCCUAACUUAUAUUCAGCAUCACAUCACCAGGAAAGGGCAGCACUGCAACAACAAAUUCAAGAAAUCUACUGUUUACCACCAUCGAAUGAAAAUCAAGAGAAGGUACGUUGCUUACAAGAUAGAUUGUCCAUGUUACAGCAACAUGAAACAAAUGAUAAAUGUAGUGGCGGACCGAACUGUAUCUUGCAAAAUCCAAUUUAUGGGUCUAAAAUGGUUGAAAGUCCUCAAGUAACAAGUACAACAGGUCGUGGACGUGGCAAAGGCCCUGCAAAGCCUAGAAAACCACGUGUAAAAAAGGAUAAAUUAACCGCCAUUUCGCAACCUCUAGAUCAAUUGCCUGUCUCUGAAGACUGCGUGACCGCUGGUACUGGCUUACAGAGUAAUUCUGAGAUAGAUACAGAAGUGACUGAAGAUAUCACCAAUUUAGACAGUAGUGCUUUAUCAAAUGACGAAUUGAAUUUAGGAAAAAUAAAAAAACAAAGAACUCCACGAAAAGGUAAAGAAAGAAAACCUCGCGUACCUAAAGAACUCAAAGUAAAUAAAGAUUUAGGGGAUAAACCAGUAAAAGAGAGAAAGAAGCGAGAGCCAAAAGAUCCAAAUGCUCCAAAAAGAAAAAGAAAUGUUAAAAAAGGUACACCGGAAAUGCACGCUGAUACAACAACAUAUAAUGAAUCUUUAGAAAGAGACAAUUUAAAUGAAACACUUAAUAAGAGCUUAAGUGAAGCAUCAAAAUCUAGUAUCUCUGUUAAUAGAGAAAUGCCAUCUUUGGAUGAUACGAAUGUAACUGAUUUUGAUGACAUUCCAGUAUCAAAAAUAGCUAUAAAAGAUUUAUUAGAAGAAGCAGAAGCAAAAAAAGAACUAAUUGAUAAAGAAGAUGAAUUAGAUUCUAUGAAUCUGAAGAAGAAAACAACAAAAAAGAGAACGUCAGGGGGAGGAAGUUGCAAAAAAGUGCUUAAUAAAAAAACUCCUAGUGGAAAACGAAAGCGCCGGGGUGGUUUGAUACCCGAUUCAGAUGGAGAACCUGACGAUUUAAUCUCUACACCACCUCCAUCACCACCGCCUGAAGGCGACGACAGCUUGAAACGUCGUUCUGCGCGAAAUACACAACGUAAAAAGUAUACAGAUGACGUGUUAUUGCGUUUAUCAGACGAUGAAUUUACAAUGGUGACCCCUAAGGUAGAAAAAGAAAAUGAUGAUUUAAACCUUGACAUUAAAGAUGUUAAUAGACCAGAACUUACACCUAAACCGAACUAUAUGUAUGUUAAUACGACAGAAGAGGAUUCAAUGAUAGUACAACAUGUACUAGCAUGCCGUAUGGGAAAGCGAGAAGUAAAAAAUGAAGUGGUUGACAAAAAUGUUAAACUAGAAAAAGAAGAAACUGAUUUAACAGAUAUGACUGAUACAUUUAAAGAUCAGAAUAAUGAAUCUCAAAACACAAGUGAAGAAGUUAUAAAUUCAAGUGAAAAUGAUGAAGUAAUGAAUAAGGAUUCUAAAGAUCAAGAAAGUCAGAAAAAAGAAAUAGUUAAGGUGGAUUCAGAAAAAGGAAAUGGAGAAAAAAUAUUGCCUAAAAUAAUCGUAGAUGUCGAAGAGUAUUUUGUUAAAUAUAGAAAUUUUUCUUAUUUGCAUUGUGAAUGGAAAACAGAAGAAGAACUUUACAAAGGUGAUAAACGGAUUUUUUCUAAAAUUAAGCGCUUUAAACAGAAGCAAGCACAGCAAAUGAAUAUUUUUGAACUUCUUGACGAUGAACCAUUUAAUCCUGAUUAUGUUGAAGUGGAAAGAAUAUUAGACAUGUCAGAAAAUCAAGAUCCUGCUAAUAAUACAGUUGUUAAACAUUAUUUAGUUAAGUGGAAAAGUUUACAAUAUGAAGAUAGUACAUGGGAGCUUGAAGAAGAUAUUGAUGUAGAUAAAAUAAAACAGUAUAAAAUUUUCAGUGAAAUUCCUCCAAAAGAGAAAUGGAAAUUUAAGAAACGGCCUUCUGCUGAUCAGUGGACGCAGUUAAAAGAAUCGCCCUUGUAUAAAGGCGGAAAUACGUUAAGACCAUACCAAUUAGAAGGUUUAAAUUGGUUACUAUUCUCAUGGCAUAAUAAUCGAAAUUGUAUAUUAGCUGAUGAAAUGGGAUUAGGCAAAACUAUUCAAAGUUUAACAUUUGUUAAUUCAGUUUGGGAAUAUGGCAUAAGAGGGCCUUUCCUUAUUAUUGCACCACUUUCAACUAUUCCUAAUUGGCAGAGAGAAUUUGAAGGUUGGACAGAAAUGAAUGUAGUAGUCUAUCAUGGAUCUCAACAAAGUAAGAGUAUGAUACAAGAGUAUGAAUUUUAUUAUAAAAAUGAGAAAGGUGAACCCAUAAAAGAAAUAACUAAGUUCAAUGUCUUGAUUACAACAUUUGAAAUUAUAGUAACAGAUUUUCAAGAACUUAAAUCUUUUAACUGGCGUUUAUGUGUAAUAGACGAAGCUCAUAGAUUAAAAAAUCGAAAUUGUAAAUUAUUAGAAGGCUUAAGGCAGCUUCACCUAGAACAUAGGGUUCUGUUGUCGGGGACACCUUUACAGAAUAAUGUAAAUGAACUAUUUUCAUUACUUAAUUUUUUGGAACCGUCUCAGUUUUCCAGUAGUGAUGCAUUUUUAACAGAGUUUGGCCAAUUGAAAUCUGAGUCAGAAGUCGUUAAAUUACAAGCUCUUCUUAAACCAAUGAUGUUGCGCCGAUUAAAAGAAGAUGUCGAAAAGACUUUAGCCCCUAAAGAGGAAACUAUAAUAGAAGUUGAAUUGACAAAUAUCCAAAAAAAAUACUACAGAGCUAUAUUGGAGAGAAAUUUCAGUUUUCUACAAAAAGGUAUAGCAUCGGCUGCAAACAUUCCUAACUUAAUGAAUACCAUGAUGGAAUUACGAAAGUGUUGUAUACAUCCAUAUUUACUGAAUGGUGCCGAAGAUCAAAUACAAUUUGAUUAUAAACAAGCUAACGGUGAAGAUAAAGAAGCAUAUUAUAAAGCGCUUAUUCAGUCAUCUGGUAAAAUGGUUUUAGUUGAUAAAUUAUUGCCAAAAUUAAAAGCUGGUGGUCAUAGAGUUCUUAUAUUUAGUCAAAUGGUGAGAUGUCUUGAUAUUUUAGAAGAUUAUCUCUUAUAUAGAAAAUAUCCAUUUGAACGAAUUGAUGGACGAAUAAGAGGAAAUUUGAGACAAGAAGCAAUAGACAGAUUUUCUAAACCUGAUUCAGACCGUUUUGUAUUCUUGUUGUGCACUAAAGCCGGUGGUCUCGGAAUAAAUUUAACUGCUGCAGAUACGGUUAUAAUUUAUGAUAGCGAUUGGAACCCACAAAAUGAUUUGCAAGCCCAAGCACGGUGCCAUCGUAUUGGUCAACAAAAAAUGGUUAAGAUAUAUAGAUUGAUAUGCAGAAAUACAUACGAAAGAGAAAUGUUUGAUAAAGCAUCUUUAAAGUUGGGAUUAGACAAAGCUAUUCUUCAAAGCAUGAAUACUUCACAAGGGAAAGAAACUGGCUUAAAACAAUUAUCGAAAAAAGAAAUUGAAGAUCUUUUAAAAAAAGGCGCGUAUGGUGCUGUAAUGGAUGAAGAUAAUGCAGGUGACAAAUUUUGUGAAGAAGAUAUUGAAAUGAUACUAGCUCGAAGAACCCAGGUUAUUCAAAUGGAAUCUGAAAAGGGCUCCACUUUUUCGAAAGCUAGUUUCGCAGCUACUGAUCAAAGAUCGGAUAUUGACAUACGUGACCCAGAUUUUUGGAAUAAAUGGGCGAAGAAAGCAGAAAUAGACACAACCGAGAAGAAAGAAGAUGAAGAUUUAAUUGUAACAGAACCAAGAAAAAGAACAAUAAUUAAAAGAUAUGGUCAUGAUGAUGGUCCAAUGGAAAUGUCAGAUAUGGAAGUAACACCUGAUUCAGAUGAAGACGAGGAAGGAAUAAGCCUGAGAAGUAAAAGAAAGAAGGACAAACUGGGAAGAAAAGGUCGGCGAUAUGCUAGUGACGAUUAUGUCCCACGACACGAAGGAAUCCCCAUCGAUGAGGAAGUUGUUUAUGGAUCUUGGACUAGAUCAGAAUGCUUUAAGAUAGAGCGAGGUCUACUGACAUUUGGAUGGGCUCGUUGGGAAGAAAUAUUAGAUAAAAAUCAGUUUAGAAAAGGUUGGACACUACCAGUGAUCGAAGAUUGUGCCAGAAUUAUUGUUUUGUAUUGUUUGCGUCACUAUAAGGGAGAUGAGAAAAUAAGAAAUUUUAUUUGGGAUCUAAUUGAACCUUGUGAAAAUGGUGAAGUAACAAUAUCACGAAAUCAUAGUGGUCUACAUAACCCAGUGCCUCGCGGUAGAAAUGCAAAAAAGAAAAAUAGACUGAAAGAUAUUCCUAAAGUUCACGAUACUCAAAAAUGGGAGGAUACCAGCCAUUGGAGUUCAAUCGAUAAAUAUGACUGUGACAUCUAUUUAGAAAACAGCUAUAAGAAGCAUUUAUUUAGACACGCUAAUAAAGUUUUGCUGAGAGUUCGCAUGAUGUACUAUAUAAAACACGAAGUUAUCGGGGAUUUCGCAAUACAAAUCGACAACGGAACGCACGCCAGCUCGCUGGGCAUGCGGGUGCCGCGCGGCGUGGACAGCGCGCCGCCGCGCCUGUGGUGGGACUCGGAGUGCGACGUGUCGCUGCUCGUGGGCACCUACAAGCACGGCUACGAGAACUACCUGGCCAUGCGCUCCGACCCGCAGCUGUGCUACGUCGACAAGCUGGGCCCGCCCGACGAUGCCGAGUGUACAGAUAUUAAGAGCGAGGAGAGGAAAGUGCUGGGCAGCGCGGCGGGCGACGAGGAGUGCACGGACGACGUGUCCAGCGGCGCGGGCGCCGCCUCGCCCGCCUCGCCGCGCGACGACGAGCAGCUCGCCGCCACGCACCUGUGGCCCUCCAUGCAGGACCUCAACACGCGCCUGCGCCGCCUCAUCACCGCCUACCAGCGCAACUAUAAGCGCGAGGAGCUCAAGAUGCAGCAGAGGGCGAAGAUGGAGCGGCGCGAGCGUAUGGAUCAACUCGCUCGAGAUGAAAUUUCACAAUGGCGUUGGACACGAGCCGACGAAGAAGCUUUCCGACGAACUGUCGCUUCCUAUGGAGUCGAGUUCGAUCCCGCCACCAAAAGCUUACGUUGGAGUAGAUUUAGAUCUUUAGCUCGUUUAGACUCCAAAAGUGAUGAUGCUUUAACCGAUUACUUAAAAGCUUUCAUGGCUAUGUGUAAACGACAAUGUGGCCUCGCAGUGGGAGAGGCGGAAUUGCCCACUCGAGCAGAUUUAAAGGCGGAACCUAUAGGAGAGGAGCGAGCAAUUGCUACAUUAGAAAGAAUCGAUCUCCUUCGAGUUCUCCGCGAGGAAGUGGCUCCACACCCGGCGCUGGAAGCGCGCCUGGCGCUGUGCGAGCGCUCACUGGACGCGCCGCCCUGGUGGCAGCCCGCGCGACACGACAAGCUCCUGGUCCUAGGAGUGUGCAAGCAUGGAUUGGGUGAUACUUAUAACAAACUGUUUUGUGAUCCGAAACUUCCUUUUGCUGAUUGCUCUAGAAAAUGGAAUGCAAAAUACAAAAGCAGUUCUAAAAGUGAAUCACAAAAGCCUACUUCAGACGACGAAGAAAAAAUUGUAACUGAAAUUGCUGAAGAGCCAAGAAUGUCCUUACGACGUAGCAAACGUACUUCAAACAUUCUUGAACGCGAUACCGAGGAGGAUACGGAUGCUUUAUCUGAACUUGAAAAUUUGGCAAAGUUAGGGAGAAUAGAUGAAACUUUAACACCAGAACAUUGGUUUUCGGAAAGAGCACUUGAAACAAGACUUCAUCAUAUCGCUCACGCUGUACAGAAUUGUGAGUGGCCAUCAGCAACGUCAACAGCUAGUUCUUCUAAAGCUGGGGAUGGUAGCAGCACACAAGUAGAAAUUUCAGACGAUCGUAAACAAAGUCAGAAACGUCAUAUCGCCAUCGAUGUCGAAACAGAACGUGCUAAAUUACAUGCGCUACUUUCUUCGCCACAAGCGGCACAUUCAUCUUCGCGAGAGACUCACAGAUUACCAACAUCAGUGAAUCUGGAACGUGAUGAUGCAUCUAGUGACUCCGGCUCUCGACGCUCAACUCCUGCUCCUCCGCCUGCACAUCAGCGCGUGGCUCCUUCUCCUGCACCUUCUGUACCGCCUUCGCCAGCUCCUGUUACAACUGUGGCGCCUGUUGACCUAUCGGCCCCUUUAGACUUGAGUGAAAUCCAAGAUUUUUCUAUGGGUCGUCGGACACCCCAGGCAGACGCUUCGCCUGCUGCAAAUACACAGACGAGGAGUCGAUUAGAUGAUACAUUAACGAGACUUAUGAAAAGGAAAAAUGUGCCUGCCCCUGAACAAAUUGUUGGAAAAGAAAAGAAACGAAAGAAAUUAGAUGAAAUUGUUCUGGGGCUUUCUGCAGCUAAAGGUCGAAGUCCUAGCUUGACUGGGUCGUGUGACCCCCCGCGAAAUAAAGGUUCAACUGUACUUCCAGAAGUAACAGUGACACCGGCAGCUCCACCAAGCAAUGCAAGCACACCUCCAACACAAAAGCCAUUUUCUGUAACUGUUACUAACGUGCCAUCUCCACAUUCGUCUUCGAAGGAGCUAUCGUCAUAUUUACAACAAUCACUCGAACAAAGCAACAAAAAUCAAAAGACACAACCAACAACACCUAAACCUUAUUCACAUGAAGCUAAAGUUAAUAAAUGGCUUGCAGAGCAGACUAACGCGGAUGCAAGAAGACGCGGUUUUACACCAAGACUGGCGCCAGAUGAGCAUGUACCUGUUGUUCAUCGUGUAACAGGAAAAAGAUUAAUAGGUCAUAAAGCACCACAAUUAAAACAUCUUGCACAUUGGAUAGCAGAAAAUCCAAUGUAUGAUAUUGAUUCAAAGUGGACAGAAGGAAUUAAAGAGCAUGUAAAACUACCUCAAGACGUACGUAAUCCAAGAAACUCUCCUAUGCAAUCAUCAAGUUCUGUACCUGAACGUAAAAAGGGUAGACCACCUACUCUUGACACAACUUCGACUAAUAUUUUAUCGUCAAAUACACAUCUUAACCAGAAUAUUUCUGGCUUAAACCCUGCACUUUUAGCUAGUUUAUCCAGUUUAAGUGCUUUCGAUCCAAAGACAUUGGCUGCAACUUUAUCAAACCUAACAGGAUUUGAUCCCAAACUCCUUUCUAGUCUAAGCAGUUUUGACCCUAAAAAUAAUCCUCUACUUAACUCUUUUAGCGGUAUGCCUAAUUUACUUGGAAAUAUAUCCGGUGGUAACAUAUUUGCUAAUUUAGCUGGCUUAGGAUUGCCUGGUUUUCCAUCUAUUGAUAUGAAUAGCUUAGCUAGUUCAAGUGGAUCUACAGACUCCAAAAACAAAAGUAGAAAACCGUCCGAAUCAGCUAGCGCCUCUACAUCAAAAUCUACUAGCUCUCAGUUUCCGUUCGUAUUUCCAAACCCUAAUAUGUUAUAUCCGCAGUUAGGAUUGAGUGGUCUGUCACCCUUUGGUGUGCAUUCUGGAAUGUCCUCAUACGACGCAUUAGGAUUGUUAAGUAGCAAUCUAGCAACAAGCUCUACGGCGACAUCUGUACACAAUGCAAGUCAUAAUUCUCGCAGUACAAAAACUACUGCACCUAGAUCGUCAACAGUUGUAACUAGUUCUUCUACAUCUCGGCAACAAAAAGUGUCUGACCGCAAUCAAUCAGGUCAUUUACCUCAAAUACUGCUGCCUCCUGACCCUUAUUUGCUAGAAUCUCUUUCUAAACAAACUAUAAAUUAUGAUAUGUCUGUAAAAAUGGAUAAAAGAAGUCGUGACACUGAUACCCAUGAGACUACAGCUACGGAUUUGUCCAAAACAGAUAAAAAGAAGUUAGCUUUCGAUCCCCUAAGAUCUCAAAUGCCCCCAGAGUUUGCUGCCGUUCAGGAGAAACUACUAAAAGGGGAUAAAAAAGAUAUUGACAUAAGUAAAAUGUUACUAGAACAAAUGGCUUCUGGAGCUUUAAGCGCUAGUCUUGUUAGUUCUGCAGAGGCUAAAAAAACUAAAGAUGUAGAUAAAGACUCAUAUGAAAAACUUAACAAACAACCCGAAUAUUUAACUCGCAUGCCACCUGAAGAUAAUGGAUCUACAGUAACUAUCGCCCAUAAAAGAACGAUUGAAGAAAUAACCAAUGAACCAGAAAAUUUAGCCAUGCAGUUAACUCCAAAAAAAGUAAAGGAGAAUUCCUUAGAGGUUACUAAAAAUGUCGAUAAACAAUCGGAUACUACAAAUACGGGGGAAAUGGAUUUAGAAGAUUUAAUAGCACCUUCUACUGUUAUUAAAACGGGCAUGAAAGCCAGUGAUUUUGAAAUGAACAGAACGACGGAAUGUUCCAGUUCCAUUGUUACUAACACUGAAAGGGACGACAAAAUCUCACAAAACACGUGUCGCGAUAGGGAAUUACAGAAAGACAAUGAAAAUGUACAAAAACUAGAUUGUUCAAAAAACGAUAGUGAAAGCAAAGAAGAUGCUACAGAAGACAUCAAUACCGGAGAUGCAUUAAAUGAGAGUAUGAGGAGAGGAAAUAAAAAGAAAGGCCGCAAAUCUUCAGAAGAUUCUUCGCUUGGGCCCCGACGAGAGUUAAGAUCUAGUUCUGGACGACAAUCAACUGAAUCAGCGUCAAAUCAUUAAUUAUAUAAUAAUCAAUAAAUAAUAAUAGAAUAUAAACUAUCUAUAACUAAUUUAUUUCUGCAAAAUACCAUUUAAAUAUGAUAAAAAAUACCAUGAUAUUCAAGGAAAAGAUAUACAAUAAUUGGUCUGCAUCAUUUUAAUUAUCGUCAUACAAAAAUUGAAAAUAUUUGAUCUCCAUUUUCUGUCAUGUAUGAUGCCAUUUUUUUUUUUAAAUCAACAUUUCUAUGAAUUAAUAAGCUAUUUUAUGUGUAUGUUUUAUGAGUAAUAUAUAUGGCAACUUUAAGAUUAGAUGAUUUAAAAUAAAAAAUUGUAAAUUUAUAGUUACUCUUUUUUUAAAUAGGUCAAAUUCAGAAGACUGGUUUAUUGAAAUUUAAAAUUAAACAAAUGUUGAAUUUUUUUUAAAAUAAUAUGUUUAUGUUUCCCUAAGGCUAGAUCAUGAUCAGCAUUUUGAAACUGAAUUUGCUCGUUAUUACCAAAUGUAAUCUUUUUUCAUCUCUUCGCGUAAAUGCAUGUUUAUAUUAAAUAAACACUAAGAAGUAUUUACUUUUUAACGAUCUCGAAAACAUACGCUAAAUAGCGUAAGUAAACAAUUUUAACUCAAUCAUUCUGAUAAGUUUAAUAUUAAUUAUGGCUAGCGAUACUGCUAAAGAACAAUUUUCUGUAACUGAGUAAAUGUAGAUGAUAGAAAAUGUAAUAACUAUUACGUCUUGACUUUUAUAUAUUUUUCAUUAAGUCAAAUGCUGAAUGUGAUAAAAUUAUUUAUUACAUGUAUUCUUAUUAUGUUUUGCAUUGCUGUAAUUGAAUGAUGAAUUGUGUAUUGUAGAUAAUAGUAAGAUGACAAAUCACGAAAACUAAUAAAAUAUUAAAAAUAUGUUUUAUUAUUA